AAUAAACUCAUAAAAGAAAAGAGAAUAUCUGUGAAAAAUAGUUUAAAUUUUCAAAGUUAACAAAAUAAAAAAAGUAGCGGAGUGAAUAUAUUUUAAAGAUGGGUUUGAAAGUCAUCUUUAUAGAUUUCAUCUUUAUUAUUUUGCUUCACCAUGGAUAUUCGCAGUUAGAUUGCGGUUUAAAUAACCAAUGUACAGAAAGAAUUUGUACAGGGCUAACACGGAAAAUAACAUGCAAGAGCGGCGGAGUUUUAAGUAUAACCGGUGCCUUUUUUGGAAGAACAAGUACAAUAGAUUGUAAAAACCCGAGUGGUACUAUAACUGACUGCGUACCAAAUGCAACAUUGGCAGAAUCUCAAUUGGAUAAUGCAAAAAGACUUUGUGACAACGAAACAGAGUGUACGCUAAAAGCAUCGUUUAAUUUCCAAGAUGAAUGUAAAGUUGAUGUUUGGGGAGAUCCAUGUCCAUCCAAAAGCAAAUACAUCGUAGUUAAUUUCACUUGUAUAAGCACAGGUGCUCUGAAUUUUUGGACAGAAUGGUCUAAUUGGGGUGCAUGCUCUAAAUCAUGUGAUGCAGGAGUUAGGACAAGAACUCGAAAUUGUGUGGAUCCGCCUAAGAAAAGUUGCACAAAGAGUACAUGUAAAGGAAGGUCAUACCCUGACGUGGAAACAGCUACACAGUCAUGCAACUUAGGUGUUUGUCCAGCAUCGUCAAGUAAGUCUCCUCCUAGCACUUCAAUAGAAACUAGCUCAUCAACGUCGAGAAUUCCACCUUCAACAUCAAGUACUUCAUACUCCACAUUAACUUCGACAUCUACAGCUUCAAGCACCCUAUUACCAGCGUCAAGUUCUUUCUCUCCAACACCGGUUAUACCGACAACGUCAAGUUAUUCGCCUUCAGCAUCAAAUUCUGCGCCCUCAGAAACAGGUAUUUUUUCAGCAACGAUUGUUAUGUCAAGCAUUCCAGCUUCGACGUUAAGCAUUUCAUCCAUUUCAUCUCCAAGACAAUCAGCAACAGCAAGCCCUCCUUCUCCAACUAGUUUAAUAGCAGCAAGUGCAUCAUUUAUGGCAUCAUCGACUUCAAAAACCUCACUCCCAUCAGCGUCAUCAGGUAUGUCAUCUGCAAGCACAUCUUCAAUAACAUUAGAAACAUCGGCUGUAUCAUCUUUAACAAUAUCAACAACAAUAAUCACGUCACCUCUGGAAACUCUGGCACCAUCCAGUGUUCUGUCAAUGUCAACAUCAAGAACUCUGCUCAUGUCGUUAUUAACAACUAUAACAAGUUCAAGCGCACAAUCCGUAGAAAACACGUUAAUAUUUCCAAGGUCGUCAGAAAGUACAUCAUCAUCAAUUUCAUCAACAUCAACAGCAACCUUAUCUCCACCUUUAUCUUUGACAUCCGUCAUAACUGGAUCUGAAUCAACCACUUCAUUUCAAUCGGUUUUGGUAAGUAGCAACAGUAAAGUUGGAACAAGAUCUACUUCAAUGGAACCAUCAAGUCCAAUUCUUAAAGGAAGCUCCAUGGAGACAAAAACAACAGCGCAUUCCUCUUUCAUUACUAUCCAUCCAACCACAGACACAUUAAACGCAACCCCUUCUUUGAUGUCCUUAAAGCUUUCGACAUCCUCAUCAUUAAUUUCAUCUGAUGCACCAAGUCAAACGUCGGCCUACACCCUUUCCACAGUUAAAAGUAACAGCAAAGCAUUAACAAGCUAUAUUUCAAUGGAAAUGUACACCACAGUUAUUACAAGAAGCUCCAUGGAUGCAACAUCAACGAUGCAUUCUGCAAGCUCUACUACCUAUUCAUCCACAGAUACAAGAAUACCAUCUGCUACAUUACUAUCCUUGAAACCUUCAAUAUCAUAUUUACCUUCAAUUUCAUCUGGCCUAACAAAUCAGACAUCAGCAUACUUUUCAUCAAGUUCCUCCUUACCAAUAAUAUCUUCACAAGUGGAGGAAAAAGUUUCCACUUCUAUAAAAAUCGCGCCAACAACAAGACGAGAAUCUGUAUCAACUAGUGCUACAAUUAAGACUAGAUUAUUCACGCCUUCAAUUGAAGUCAGCAUGGUUCUUAGUUCUUCUAACAGCCCUCAAAGAAGCAUAUCAGCUUCAAAUAUAAAAUCGAUGUCCCUUAUAUCCAUUAGCGACAGUAUGGUAGUUACAUCUUCAACUACAGAGCCAAUAGCCACCUUACUUCCUUCGUCUACUGAAGUUCAAACAUCACCAACAAUUGAAGUCACUCUAAGCACAUCAAGAAGUACACCAGCACUGAAAAGUUCUUCUUAUCAGAUAGGAUCGUCUGCAAGCACAAUCCUUAGUGUGACUAAAGUUUUGCCGCCUUCAAGUACGUUACCGUCGGUGACAAGAUCAUCAAGAUCGGCGACAAAAUCAUCAACAUCUGCGUCAAAAUCAUCAACAUCGGCGUCAAAGUCAUUAACUAGUAUUGAAGCAACUCCAACUAAAAGUAGCACCAGCUCGUCCAGUACUAAAUCAGAAACUCAGUCAUCUACAACGCCAACAAAGUCCAUAGAACCGAGUCCUUCAACAUCAACUGUAAUGUCCUCCUCUGUAGCAGUUCUUCCACCUACCAAAGAAACAACAGAGAAGCCUAAAACUACAACACAAUCAAACACUACAUCAAAACCAACAGAUAGUCCAAUAACAAAUGCUACAACGGAAGGGCUUAACACAAAUGCUACGACAAAGAAACCCACAGAUACACCCUUAACAAGCACCAGCCUACCGACAACGAAAGAACCGACAAUCGCCACUACAGAACGCCUGUACACAACAGAUUCUCCCGACAAACCAGAUUUCUACGGCAACGUGACGUUAACAAUGCUAUGGAAAGAUUUUUGUAAAUAUUCCCCAGAAUUUAGAGAAGGACUUGCUAAAGUUUUGUCAAAAAAUGUGGAGAAAAGUACAGGCGCGGAUCAAGUGAUUGUAAUGAACUUAGGAAAUUGUAAAAGCAGCCCUGAUGAAACAGCUGUUGUAAAAUUUUACAUCAGCUACAAGUCCAGUAAGGAGCCAAAUAAAGAUUUGACAAAUGCUGCAGUAGUAGAACUUUUGAAGUUAUUACAAGGAGGUGAUACAGCAGAGAUAGGAAAACAUUUUGGCAACGGAACGUUCACUCAUGUCGUGUUUGUUGUUCAUGACGAUCAUGAUGAAGAUGACUGGCCUAUUUGGCUGAUUAUCUUAAUUAUUGUAGCAUCCCUUAUAUUCUUAUUAUGGCUGUGCUGUUGUUGCUGGAUUUUCUGUGGUAAGAAAGAGAAGGAACCAGUGAAGCGCAAGUAUACAUUCCAACAUAUAGAUCCCCUGGGUAUUCCUCAUGUAAAAAUAUCUGACGAAAAUGGUAACGCGAAGCCAACGUACACAAGCACUAUGACUGUGACUGUUAGACCCAAAUCGCCUGCAGCUACCCAUUUUGAUAAUCCAGCUUAUGAAAUGAAUGAAUAUCCUCCGACACCGUCGUUCGGCUUUCGGCCUGUUAACGUAAAAUUAGUAAAUUUGAAGAGCGGAGAUGACUCCGACAUUGAAAAGAAACCAGAUUCGGGCAGUGAUAGCAGUAGUGAUGAUGAAAAAUCUCCACCAUCACCAGAAACAACUAAAGUGUACUUAGACGGAAAACUGGUACAAGAAAUUCCAGUUCUGGAAAAAGCCACCGAGCUGUAAAGUCAUAAAAGUUAACGAAACAACGUCGAUUUGUACUUUGCAAUAAAACCAUACGUUGUAUGAACAAGUUAUGGAAAAAAAAUUGAAAGCGUAUUUAAGCAUUUCCAUUCACUGUAAGAUUGCAAAAUUAUAAAAACUGAAUUUGUAUAUGUUGAUACAAAUAAGGUUAAAGUUUCUGUAAAUUUAUUAAAAGUAGGGUGUUUAGUAACUUUGUUGAACAAGAAACCACGACAAAAAUUUCCUGAAUCUGUUCAAGAAUAAACAUACACUUUCCUAUUGAAAUUGUGUUUUUGUAGAUAAGAAAAACAUUAGAGGUAUUGCCAUGAAAAUGAGUUGAAAUGACAAACUACACCGAAUAUGGAAAAAGUCUUUUCUUUGUUUAGUCAAGAUUUUAUUAAAUUUUUUUAAACUAAAUAUUUUAACGUAACCAACCAAAAAUUCUUUAAGUAACAAAAAUUUGUCUGACAAAGUUUUUUUCCAAAAAUGGGUUGAUUCUACUGCUACAAUACACAAUAUUGUUUAAUUAAUUGUACUAACUGGUGUAAAAUUAUAUACAAGAAGGGUAUAAAUAUUUAACAUAAAAAAAAAUCGCACUUUUGUUUCGAUGAUGCUAAUAUGCGUAAUCAAACUGAUUUAAUUUAAAAAAAACUUGUUGGCUUUGAAGUCACAAUAUGAUGUACGUCCAUUACAUCUGUACAAUAUCUCGUACAAGAAUGCACAAUUGUGUACAAUUUACAAUAUAUUGUUGCAGUGGAAACUAGCCUUGAGGUAUGUAGCUUUUGAUAGUGUAUGAUUUUUAUAUCCAAACUUUGUAGAUUUUGUUAUUUAGUUUUGUAUGUACGUAGCUGUCUGUGUAUACUUUUUAAACGUAUCUUUAAUACCUAAACGAAUUAAAUUUCGAGGAAUAUUUUUAGGUAUGUCGGACCAUGGAGAUAGCACAGCAUAAAUUCUCUCUGUCAAAGCACAACAUUAGCGCAGCAUGGUCACACGGUUUGAACACGAUUUUGUUUGAUCCUUUGUGCUUAAUUAUUAUAUCAUUCUAUGGAAAAUCAGCCAGUUACUUUUUUGUAGCUUUUGUCGUAGAAAAGUUAUAAAUUUAGUUUAAUUAGAACUAAAUUAACAUCAAGAAAAACGUUGUGCAGCGCGGUGUGGCUUUACGGUACAUGGUAACUGAAAUAUGACAUCUUAUGGCUUUCGGUUUGCAGCAAAAGGCUGCGACAAGUUCGGCAUUUUUACAUUGAAAAUUAGUAUUUUUUUCUAUUUUAUUCAAAUAAAACGUUUUUUUCAAAGAACCAUUCGGCACAAAAUCGAACUACAAUUGAACUUUACCACAAUGGUACAACGAAUGCUGUCAGGCAGUCAUUGGGCGAUCUUUUUUUACGUUAUUUUUAAAUUACACUCGUAGCUAAACAGGAAACACUGCUCUUUUCUGCAACCUUUUGUGAAUGUUGAUGCCAUAUAGAGCCAGAGCAAAAAGGAUUAUUUUGUCUACAACAAAUUUUACUGGGACCUUGAACACCUGGUUGAUUGUCAACGUAUACCAUAACCUUUAACAUUUGUUGGGCUUUUUGUAGUAAAUUUUUACCUAAAAAGGUUUUAGCGGAAGUUUAGCUUAGCAGUUUAGUUUAGCUUCUGGAAUAAUUGUUUUCAGUAUGCAUUUCGGUGGACGAAGUUUCCUCUGCCUGCAAACUUUUUACCUGAGGAUCUUUUUCACUUCCUUGUACCAAAAAUCAAAUUUCGAGAAAAGGGCCCUGGGAACGAGGAAAAAAACCAUGUUUAUUUAUGCUUUAUAACUUAUAAUCUAAGCGGACAAAACUGUUAGGUCAUUUUAAUAUAAAUUCUCCUGUUUUCUCACAGUUUUAAUGUUAUGUAUAUGUUAUUUUACUUGAUUGUACAAUAUUUUAUCUGUAAGAAAGCCUUGUUUAAAUGCCAUAAGUAUAUAUUUCGAGCAGAGCAUAAAACUUUUCCAAGAAAGUUAGUUGGAGA